CUCUGAUUCUCUUCUGUACCGCCUCCAGUUAAUGAAUAAAGAUCAGGGGGCGUCUCUCCCUCAGAGAGGAUAUAAAGACAGAAACAACCGAACUCCCUCUGUGCCACACAGGAUCACACGCCUCCCUACUUGAACUACCAUGGAGCCUGAAACCAACAAGACGAUGAUUUUAGCAGCACUCGGCCGGCCUUUCAGCCUUGGGAUGCUGUAUGACUGCCGCAGCGACUUGCUCAUUCCUGGCAUGACAUUGUGGGACAGCGAUGUCCUCGCGAAUCAUAUUGGAGAAAGACCACAGAACUACAAUGAUUUUCAGAUAGUUGCAUCUGAAUCAAUUGCAGAUAAAUCUUCAGCCCUAAAUGUUGAAGCGUCCCUGAAGGCAAGUUUCUUUAGUGGACUGGUAGACGUUGAAGGAUCAGCCAAAUACCUGCAUGAUGAUAAGACGUCCAGAAAUCAGGCCAGAGUAACACUGAAGUACGAAGCAACCACAAAGUUCCAGGAACUGUCAAUGGAUCAUCUUGGAAGAGGCAAUGUGAAGUAUCCGUAUGUUUUUGAGCAAGGAAUAGCGACACAUGUAGUCACAGGUAUCCUUUAUGGGGCACAAGCCUUCUUCGUCUUUGACCGUGAGGUGUCUGAUGAUGAAAGUCAUCAAGACAUUGAGGGUAGCUUGAAGGUGAUGAUCAAGAAGAUUCCCACCAUUGUGAUAGAAGGAGGUUCCCUAAAAUUGGAGGACAAAGACGUGAAAAAGGUUGAGCAAUUCUCCUGCAAAUUCCAUGGAGACUUUUUACUCAAGAAAACUCCAACAUCCUUUCAGGACGCAGUAGAAGUCUACCAAAGCCUGCCAUCAUUGCUGGGAACCAAAGGAGCAGACGCCAUACCAAUGAAGGUCUGGCUGUUGCCACUGACAAGUUUAGAUUCUUCUGCCGCUAAACUCGUACGCGAGAUAAGUGCUGUGUUUGUAGAAGAAGCGCAGGCUGUCCUGGAAGACCUGAAGGAGGUGGAAAUGAGGUGCAAUGAUGCACUGAAAACCACUGCACGGCAGUUCUCACAGAUUAGCAAAAAGAUGAAAACUUUUAAAGAAAUGUGCUCUGAGUUCAAGCUGGAAUUUCAACGAAACUUGGCAAAGAUACUUCCAUCAAUCCGAGGAGGAGGAGAAGAGGAGGCUGUGCUCGCAGAGAUCCUGAAGAAGAGACAUUCUUCUCCUUUCAACAACACAGACCUGAACGAGUGGAUGGACUGUAAAGAGAGAGAAAUCUACACAUUAAUGUUUUUCAUAAACAUGAUGACAAACACCAAGAUCGUCUCAUCUCAAACAGGCCUGUACAAGGAAAUUCUCAGUGCAGAGCAUGCUGUGUGUUUUGUUUUCACCUCACUGGGAAGUGCUGAACCGUACCUCUCAGCUUUAUCAGCCUACUUAAAACAAACAACCACACCAGACGACCCUCAAGACGCACAUACUCGUGAUGUAGAGAAGGAACAGUGGUACGCCUCAAAAGAAGUAGCAGAUGCAAUGAGGAAUAAAGCCAAGCUCUUCAGGGAUUUUGCAGAGGCCAACAAGGAGAACAAGAACAUAAAGUUCCUGAUGGUGGAUUCAACAAAUGAGACACAGAAAGGUUCGAGCAUCUAUCUCUAUAAAGAUGGCUUUUCUGUCAGUGAGAACUUUGAGCCGCCUUCGAAGCCUGAAACAGUGACAGUAAGUGACAUAAACCACAACAGCGUGACACUGAAGAUUUCUCCACCCAGAUUUGGAGCAGAGAGCAUCACCUCCUACUCUGUUGAGUACCGUGUCAGUGGAGAGGAUGGAUGGCAUCAAAAGAUGGCAUCAAAAGCUGAAGAAGUCACAGUGAGCGAUCUGUGUCCUCACACAGAAUAUUUGUUCAGAUGCAGAGCAGUGACCUCAGUAGGUGUUGGGCCAGCCAAUGAAGUCAGUGGUCCCAUUAAAACCUUACCUUGCAGCCCUCCUGGAAAACCACAAGUUGAACAAAACUAUGUAAGUAUGAUAUCACCUCCUGAAGCUGAAGAACUCACAGUGAGUCCUGACACAGAGAGCAUUUUCAGAUGCAGUGAAGUGACCUCAGCAGUUGUUGGGCCAUCCACUGGAGUCCACGAUAUCAUGGAUACCAAAUUUCUCAGGCCUCCUAAAGUUCACUGGGAUGUAACAGUUAGCUGGGAGAAACCAGCUGAGGUCGGACGAGAUGUCCAGAUUUUGAGCUACAUUGUGGAGUACGCCAAAACAGACCACAGCGUGGGAGAGGAAGAUCUCCACUGGAACCAAAUUAUUUCGAGCGAUGAAAAGACGAUCAUUUCAGGGCUUCAGUCACAGGCAGAAUAUGUUUUCAGAGUCAGAUGUGAUUGUGGUGCAGCUGGCAGAAGCAAGGAAAGCAUCACAACUUUCUGGAGUGGGCUCAGUCCCCCCCCCUUCUGUGAUUGGCCCCGUCAUGGGCACAAUUUGCCACCGUUACCUCACAAUCUGGAACAUGAUGGUACUACACUUGAGGAGCAACAGUGAAUGAAGGACCAGGACAAAGCAAACAGGAAACCUGCCUGGAUGAUGACAGUCACAGUGAUUGGCCUCUUCAAUGCAACGCCAGGACCUGCAGGAAAAUCAAAUGUUUAAUCUCAGUGCCAACAAUAAAACUUCCCUUCCUUGUGUGCACACUGUAGGCAUCUUAUGGUUGUUUUUUUUUUUUUUUUUUUGUCCUUUAUUCAUUCAAUGUGAUGAACAACUGCAUAGUAUUCUGUUCUAUCUUCAUUUCCUUGAUAUGAGCAGUUCAACCAGUGUGCAGUGGCUGCACACAGCAUCUCCAAAACCCAUCUGACUCUUGGAUGGAUUGGUGGUUGGUGUGUGACCAAGAUAUACCAUGUUAACCAGAUAGCUUUUGGAGUUGUAGGAAGGUGGAUUUUUUUUUUCUCUUUUAAUGGAGCUAGCAGUUUCCUCCUUUUUUCAGUCUUUGCACUAAGCUAGGCUAAACCUGUCCUUACAGAGCCCCCCCCCCCCGGUCCCAAAAGAUGACAAUUAUUUUAUUAAAAAUAUAUAUAUCUUUCAAGACUUUGUUAGCUCAGUAAAAAAAAAAAAACAUUUGACUAACAACUCAGCUGAUUUACUGAGUAGUUAUAUUGUUAACUUGUACUACAUGAUCAUUUCGUUUUUGAUUUGUUCUCAGUCAAUCAUUAACUAAUUAUUUUUAUGUUUGGUAAUAAUCAGCAGUGUGUUAUAACGUUUUAACUUAGACAUUUGUAAUGUGUGUUACAAUUUGAGGAAAUAAUCAUUGCUUCUGUAAUUUCUUAUUAUCUAAUUAUUCAUGAAAAUGUCUUACUGAUUUCAUCACAUUGCAUUUGAUUUCUUUGAGCUCACAUUAGCUUUACACUCUAAUAGGCUAUUUGUUGACCACUAAUUGUUAAACUAGUAAUGAUAAGGUUAUUGUUUUAAUUGUAAUAGAGAAUACAUAACUUCCCUGUUUUGUUUGUCAUGUUAAAUCACAUAAUUAUUUGUUGUCAUUGUUUCCACUGUUAUAGACCAGAGGUUCCCAACCUUUCUGGCUUGUGUCUCCUUAAAACAAAGCAAUGUUUGGCUCUUCAUCACUGGCUUAAUAUGUCUAUAAGUCAUGAGCAGUUCAACCAAAGUAUUUGUCUCGUUUUUUUUAUUUUAUAAAUUUGACAAUAAAAACCGUCAGUAUAACCCUA